UUAUAUGCAUAACUCCGCUCACGCGGUGUAACUCGGGACUUGAAUGCAUCGUAUACUGAAAAAGAAAGGUAUGCGCGCAUUGAUGACGUCACAUGUGUCAAUUUACCCUUCUUCUCUUCUGCGACUUUGAGCUUCAAACAUGGCAUUGAAUCAUCUGAGGCUGCUGCAGCCUCUCCUGUGCCGCUCCCUGAUUCAACGCAUCCGAUCUCCUGUGGCGGUUUCCGCCGUGGUCAACGUCAGACCGUCAGUCCUCCCUGGCACCGUCCAGCUCCCUGCUGCUGUAUGCAGGUUCUAUGGCACCAAAAAAGAUAAGGCAAAAGGAUCCUCUGCUAAAGUGAAAAUUAAUUCUGCUUUGGUAGAAGAUAUUAUCAACCUUGAAGAAGUGAAGGAGGAGAUGGCGUCUGUUGUCUAUUUGCUCAAAGAUGAUUUCACACGCAGCCUCAACAUUCGGACCUCACCAGGGGCUCUAGAUCACAUUAUAGUGGCGACCUGCGACGGGAAGUUUCCCCUCAACGAGUUGGGUCAAGUCUCCAUGAAGUCAUCUCACCUCCUCAUAGUCAACAUGAGCAACUUCCCUGAAGCUGUGACGGCGGCCACCCGUGCCCUGAGAGAGUGCAGCAUGAACCUGAACCCAGAGGUGGACGGGACGAUUAUCAAGGUGCCCAUUCCUAAAGUGUCACGAGAACACCGGGAGAACCUUGCCAAGACGGCCAAGCAGCUUAGCAACAAAGCUAAAGAAUCGCUGAGGUCUGUGCGCUCCAACGCCGUCUCCCAGGUGAAAAAAGCUAAAGAGGGGCAUUCAGAGGAUAUUCUGCGACUCAUAGAGAAGCAGAUCCAGCAGAUGACGGAUGAUAUUACAGCGGAAAUCGACAAACAGCUGGCAGUGAAGACAAAGGAGCUGUUAGGCUAGAAGCCAGAGAUUAGAAGCAGAAAUGGCAGGUUUUCAGUUUGGUAUUUCAACAUUGCUCAGUAGACACAAUAGAGACAACUGUUAAAUGUGCCGGUGAAGGACGACACUCCUCGAAGCUCCUUCCUCUGAAUGUGGCAUCUGUUCGUGACCACAUUGCUGGUGCCUGACGCCGCUGCGUGAUAUCUGCAUUUAGCCGCGUUAAGUUCGCACGGAAAUAACGACAAACCGCCCGUCACUUCCCUCCACCCUUGUUGCUCUUCCCGUCUUCAAACAAACACAGAGGAAGGGACGAAUGGACUUUUAAUGGGAUUUGUGGGCCUCCUCCUAAUCAAACUCCUUGCCACAGGGGUUGUCUGUUUAUAGAACCCGAGCGCACCCGUCUGAAUGUAAACUGGCUGCAGGUUUGUCUUCGUCGCAGAGACGUGGAAGCUCACGAGCAGAUAUCGUUAGCAUGUUGGCAAACAUUUGUUUCACAUUGAUUCUGUUAAGGAUGCAGUCGUUUUAGCUCUAAACCUGGGUUAAAACUUCACUUUAAGCACAAAAAAUCAAGAAAGUCACAUUAUUGAUUGACCCCAUUAAAGAUACACUGCUUUGAAGCGUAAUGCGUCAUCUUGUUCUGCCGUGUUUUCCUUUCAUUUUUUUCAGUUUUGUUUUGAAGUCGCCCCCCUCUCUUUCAUUAGCUGGAGUGAUAAUGGACUUUUCCUGUGCACGGACCUCAUGGCCCUGGCUAUUGGAGCCACAAUUGUCCAUUAGGGAAAGAGGCUUUUAAUGUUGUGCACUUAGCCUCCUUUGACUGAAAUAGACGCACUUCUUAAAGCGCAGUUAAGAAAAUCCCAGCAUGAGGAGAGUUUCAAAACGAAGCCACUUACAAGAAAUGUUGGAGACUUGCCGAGCACCAAACACUCCUGUAGUUAUAACAUGUAUUAUUACAUGGUUGCUAUCACUCUGAUUGCAUUUGUUACAAUUUCCCCAAACUCUAAAGUAGAACAUUGUCAACCAAAUUAUUAUUUAUUUAUUUAUUGACUAAAUUUAGCCAAUUUCACCUUCCGUGCAUCUUGCAUUCAAACAGGCACUUCCUCCAAGUCUUUGCUUUAAUGGCCUAAAGAGGCCGGAGUCAUUGGAUAAACAAGAGUUUAGCGGAGGAGUGGCUGGGCCGGGGCGGAGGAGGGUGGGGUGGAAAUGGCAGGUUUUCGCGGUGAUUCUAGGUCCAUAUGUCAGCAAUUUGAGGGCAUUGUGUAUCUUGGCCUAAAACAGAGGCUUCAUGAUCGAUGGAGGGGUGAAAAUCUCCCCAAGUCUCUGGCGCAGAGCACAGGCAAGCAGGAGGAAAUUGCUUUCAGCUGAUACCUUCAUUUCAGUUGACAUUUAUCAAGUGAAUUACCCCUGUUCCUUUCAAAUGUUUACUACCACUACGAGCACCGCCCUUUUUUUUUUUUUUAGGUAUUUGUGUUUGCGUGUGUCCAUGACUGCAUUUGUCUGGAAGUGAGGACGCAGCAGAGGUUUAUUCAUGGUGGAUGUUUGGCUGUGUCCUUUGGCGAGUCCUCAAAAAAAUAUACAGGAAGAAAUUAGUUCAGUAAACGUUUGAUUUGAAAGGCCAGAUCUUUAUGUCUUCCUGAUACAUUAAAGAAAAGAUAAAAGUCCACUUUUAAAACAAAGCAAGGAUAAAAGAAAAUUGAUUUUUCUAUUUUUUUUCCUCCAUUUUACUAAAAGAUAUUUUCAAAUUCGAGAUUUAUCUUUAUCAUAAACUUCAAAAAUAUUAUCGUGACUUCUCUUUAAUUAAUCUCAAGAUAAUUUCAUUGUUGAAAAAUCUACAUGAAAUAUGAAUGACACAAGAGCAAUAUAAUUUGAAUUUUGAUUUUUUUUAAAAGAAAAAAUUCUCAAAAGAAGAACUUUACCAUCAAAAAGGAAACAACAGUCAGUCUGUGCAAACAAUAAAUGUAAUGUUCUGAUCAUCUACUGAGGAAACUUCCUAAUGUUCCCUCUCUGUGAAGUCCUGCUUUAAAUGACUCUUCAAAAGUUAUAAGGGAUCAGAAGCAGCAUGAAGCUGGCAGACUUUGACCAAACAUUCAAAAGUCAGGAGUGAAAACAGAAUAUUUUCUUUAAACUAAUCAAAAAUCUGCAUGCUGCAUUCCAAAACGACUUCCACACCAGGUAUUAAACCCUCUUGACCACACUGUCUAUUGGAAACCAGCAGAUCUUCCAAUUCUGCUUACUGCUUUCCAAGCCUGAAGUAAAUUUUUCUUUUUCAUCUCAUUUAAUUUUGAAAAAUCUGUCUAUAAAUGUCUAUAUUCUGGUUUAAUCAAUUUUUUAAAUGUUUUCUUUAUCGAUUUGCUUAAAAUCAACCAAUUUUAACCAUCCUUUUUAUUUUUAAAGUAUGCUCCAAAAGCUACUUCAAUGUAGCCAAACAUCCUAAACACAAAGACAACACAGCACUAGCCGUACUAACAUGUCUGUCACGUCAGCACUGAUCGAGAGGCAGCCGUCCACACUGUCAGCCAAAGAAACAAAUUAUACUUUAAAAGAAGAAAUUUGAUCCUGUUAUUUAAUCGUAAAUCAAACCGAGUGUCCAUGGUGUGUGUGUGUGUGGGGUCCCCCAGGGAUUGAUUCUUGGACCACUGCUUUAUACUUUUUUGCUGCCAUCCUCUGUCAUAGGAAAGAGUGCUUCCUGUCAAAGAGUUUCAUGAAAACUGACCACAUCACUCCUGUUCUCCUGCCUUCAGCAUCAGUUUUUAAAUCACUCCAUUUCAGGACUGACUGGUUUUAUGCAAACUAGUCAGGUUUCUGAGAUCUAUAGGAAACUUUUGAGCAAUAAUGUCAAAAGCAAGCUAGUCUACUUUUUAACAAUAUUAAAAUCCAAACUGAAAAUCCUGCUGGUUUUAUUUUCCAUUUGUGCCUUUAUUCAUCUUUAUGAAGUUAUUCUUCUUUUUGUCUUUUUUAGGUUUAAAUGUUUCAUUUGUAUCCCUGCGUCUUUGUAAACCCAUUUAAUGCCUUUUGUGUAUAAGGAACAUCAAUAAAUCUCCUUUUGCUCGUUGA